UUGAAGGAAGCGGAUGCAAAGUGUUUAGUGCGUAAUAAAGUUAUUGGGAAAACCAUACAUCGCGUGUGUUUGAACGUGUUGAAAGUCGGUUUCUAAUAAAUGUAAAUACAUAAUAAAUGUGAAGUGGCGAAAACGAAAGGGCUUAAGUGCAAGUAUGUGGCACAGCUUGCGCGGUUUCAACCGCACAAAACAGAGAGAGAGAGACAGAUUCGUUGUGUUUAAAAGAAGCAAAGUGACGAGUAAAGUUAACGGCUGUAACCACAAACAGCAUGUUUACCUUUUUCGCGUAUGUAUUGCUGCAAGUGGGCAAUGCAAAAGAGGCAGCAAACGGAGACGCAGGACGCGAGUCCAAAUCAAAAGCAAAUCUUGUUACGACAAAUUUCAGCCACUGUGCGACCGAGUGAAACAAAGACCAUCGUCAGCGAUGUCGAGAAGAAGGACGUGACCGGCGGGGUUCGGGACUCGACGACAUCCGAUGCGACUCCAUUGCGAAAUCAACGAGAGCUGGGAAUUAAUGCGAAAAGAGAAAACACUGCCGGUUGUUGAUGUUUUUGGUUCUUGGAGCGAUUGAAACUGGGCAGGAUUUUCCGUAAGACGCUGUCGCGCAGAACUUCACUCGAUUUCCGUUGCGUGCACUUUUGCGGCCGGCUUUUCCAUUUUGCGCAUGGUAAUGGAGCUGGCCAGCAUAGCAGAAAUGCAGGCCGCAGAAGCCAUGACCGCACUUUUAAUCAAAGUGAAAACUAUGAAAAUUUAUAAAAUAAUUCUCGUAAACGAGCUGGGGAAAAGAAGGAGACCUCCUCUAAGCAUGCAAAAACCGAAUUUGUGCAAGGACCUGUCACUGCAGCCCUCAAAAAAGGCUGCAGCCAGCCACACCCCAGAAACCAAACAUCCUCUGAUACAAGGACCUCCAGCUCCUUGCCCCCCCUAAGCUCCCCUCAUCCAACAACCUCACGCUCUGGCUGCCGCUUGUGUUUGUGUUUGUGUUUGGAUUUUCGGUUGCUCGGGGGUUUUUGGGGAACUGCGAGCUGGAAGCUGAGAACUGAGAAUUGAGAGCUGGGAAAUGGGAAAUGGGAGUUACCCCCCUCUGUGUGUGGAUAUUUGCAUGAUAUAUGCAGUUAUAAUAAACCACAAGAGCUGCUAAAGCAACAGCAGCCACAGCCAACUAGACGGGGACGGGGACGAGGAAGAGGACGAGGACGAGGACGAGGCACAGGAGGUCCCAGCCAGGACCUGGCAAACAAAUGCCCAUGCUCAACGGUGCAUAUGAAGGCAAAUGGCAAACAGGAGCCACCAUAACACUGGCCAUCCAAAGGAGCCUCGCUCGUGGGCCACCAAACUGCAACUGCAACUGGAGCUGCAACUGCCGAUCGGAAUUUUGACAUACAUAAAUUACGCCGCCAGGUGGAAUAUCAUUGGACUAGCGUCGAAACUUGAAGGCAGCUCUUGCCGUACAUUUGGUAUAAUUUGUAGCAUUAUUUGAUGGUCUUUUUUUUUUUUGGUAACUUUUAGUAUUAAAUAUUUAUUGAUAUCGUAGACGUCUUUGGCGAUUAAUCCAGGUAGCCCUGACAUAUACGUCAACGAGUUGAGAGCUGUCAAUGGAAUGAGGUUGCAGUAAUUCAGUAAUUUUAGCUCAGUUGGCAGGAGAACAUCACUGCUGAACGAAAAAAUAUAAAUCGACCUCACACAAUCAUGAGUUAUCACCGAAACAAUGGAAACGCGGCUGCAUAUGACCACUAUGGUUUCGCUAAUGCAGACAAUCGGACUGAAGACAAUUUGCGGAGCUCUCAUUCGCAGGCCAAUCGGAUCAGGCCAACUCCAGGAGAAACUAUGGAUUUCGAUCUUAUGAACUUCGUCUCACAGCAUGCGAACUACGUCGAUGUCCAUGCCGAAACCAGGAUGCAAUUUCCGGAGCCGCUCAACGACUACCAAUUUGAUUGGAGCUCCAUUGGAUUGGACGAACAUCAGGGUGCGAAUCAGGGUGCCAUUAGGCAGCAUCUGAACCAGCUGAACCAGGCGCCAACCGAAAAUGUGAUCAAACAGGAUGUACGACGGGGUGUUGCUUUUUCGAGGAUGGCUGUAGAACCAACGACAUCGCAGGAUCCCACUCAGCUGGGUAGAGCCGAAUCGUCAAGGAAGAAUGUAGAGGAAAAUCAAAUUGACGAUACUCAGUUCCUGAGCGAAUUAGAAUCUCUAAUUGAUGGUCAGUCAACGAAAUCAAAGUCAUCCAAGCCAAAGAAAAAGAAAAAAUCGAAAUCUGAACAUAAACAUAAGCCAAUUAAAAUGGCAGCAAAUUCAACAGGCAAUGAAUUACCAAGCGCAUACUGUGGUAACACAGCACAGUCAACUGAUAUACAAUCCAAUACGAAUGCCAAUUCCUUCAAUUCUGAUAUGCCCAUUUCUGAUGUUGCACAAUCCAACAGAAAUGCUAAUUCAGUUUAUGACACAACUCGAAAUGCUAAUUCAGUUUAUGACACAACUCGCGGUACAAACAUGGAUGUAGAACAAUUACCAACUACGUCCAAUGAUAUAACCAAUCCGGCAACUGAUUUAGAACCUAAUAUGGAUAUUAAUUCAGUUUAUGAUUUAAUUGAUGAUUUAAAUUUGGACUUUGAUCAACUACCAACAACUUCCGAUAAUAUAGCAGGACACCCAAUGGACAUACAAUCUAAUAUGGAUGCUAAUUCCGCAUAUGAUUUAAUUAGCGACAUAAAUGUGGAUUUCAAUCAAUAUAGCCGAACAUAUACGGCACCUGCCAAGCCAACUAGAGGCUCCAUUUACAAGAUCAAAAAGCCCAGGCCCGUCAAAAGAACUAUUCCGGCUCCAUCGAAGCCCAGUAUUGCCCAAAUGAUGCGCGAGGCUGCCAAAAAGGAAAGGGCGGCUGCCAGACCGCAGAGACCGAAGAAGACCAAGGCGACCAAGGGGACCACAGAACCAGAACCAGUUCCAAAUCUUCCAAACUUCAAUCUGCUGCCUGCAGACCCAUCUGAGCCAGACCAUUUUCAAGAAAAUUAUGACGAGUUCAUGCUGCAGCAACCCCCUAUACCAACCGAAUUUAUAAGCCCCAUUAAAACCGAAGAUUUGAUGCAAACGAUUCCGCAGAUUCCAGCAGUGCCUGUUGCUUCAAAUUUACCAGUACGAACAAUCGGAAAGGUAAUAAAGCCUCCAGCCAAGCGCACUUACACAAAGAAAGCCAAUAAACCCACGACUACGCCACCGAAUGUAAAGAUUCCAACAGUGCCUGUUGCUCCCAUUCGAUCAAUCGGAAAGGUAAUUAAGCCACCAGGCAAGCGUACUUACACAAAGAAAGCCAACAAGGCCAUGAAUACAAAUACACUUCAAGAAAUUCAUACCGAGGUCAUGGUGCCACAACCUACCAUACCAACUGAACUUGUGGAGCCCAACGGAACUAAUUUUGUGAUGCCACCAAAUCCGGCUCCAAAUUUACCAAUACGAUCAAUCGGAAAGGUAAUUAAGCCUCCAGGCAAGCGUACUUACACGAAGAGAGCCAAUAAGGCCAUGAAUACGGAUAUACUUCAAAAAAAUCAUACCGAGGUCAUGGUGCCACAACCUACUACACCAAAUGAACUCGUAGACCCCGUCGGAACUGAUGUGGGCAUCCCACCGAUUCCGCAGAUUCCUGUUGCUUGUGUUGCUCCGAAUCUACCUAUACAAUCGAUCGGCAAGGUUAGUAAGCCCAGAGCUCCCAGAAAGAAACCUGUUAAGAAGGUUCCCGAUCAGGAACCGCAGCAGAAUAUACCUUUUGGAGUUCCGGCAGAGCAAGAAGCUCCUCCAAUCGAGGCACCUAAGCCUCGAGUCAAACGAACUUACACGAAGAGAGCCAACAAGGCCAUGAAUACAAAUAUACUUCAAGAAAAUCAUACCGAAGUCCUGGUGCCAGAACCUACUAUACCAAUUCAAACGGGUGAGCCCCUCGGAACUGAUGUGGGGAUCCCACCGAUUCAGCAGAUUCCAACAGUGGCUGUUGUUCCGAAUUUAUCCGCACAACCGAUCGACAAGGUGAUCAAACCCAAAGCUCCCAGAAAAACACCUGCUAAGAAGAUGCCCAUUCUGGAAUCGGGCACGGAUAUACCAACUGAGAUAUCGCCGGAAGGAGAAACUGCUCAAAACAAACCGAAGCCUAAACCAAGAGCACCGAGGGUACCCAAGGAACCUAAAGCGCCAAAGGUGCCGAAGACACCUAAAGUACCAAAGGCACCCAAGGUACCAAAAGAACCUAAGGUACCAAAGGCACCGAAAGAACCUAAGGUACCAAAGGUACCGAAAGAACCUAAGGCACCCAAGGUACCGAAAGAACCUAAGGUACCAAAGGCACCGAAAGAACCUAAGGUACCAAAGGCACCAAAAGAACCUAAAGUACCAAAGGCACCGAAAGAACCUAAAGUACCAAAGGCACCGAAAGAACCUAAAGUACCAAAGGCACCGAAAGAACCUAAGGUACCAAAGGCACCGAAAGAACCUAAGAUACCAAAGGCACCAAAAGAACCUAAGGUACCGAAGGCACCUAGGGCACCUAAGGUAGCCAAAACACCUAAGGAACCAAAGGCUCCCAAGACUCCGAAGCAGCCCAAGAUGCCAAAAGCAGCACCAAGGCAACCUAAGACAUCCAUGAACGAAGCACCGAACAGCGUACAGGUACCGCUUCCCAUUCAGCCUGUCUGCCCAGAAACAACCAUCGAUCCCAUGCUCUUAAAUAAUCCCACUUGCGUGGAUCCUAUGUCUAUGCCUGUAAUAUCAACACUUUGCCAAAUACUCAUUCAGGGGCCGAUAACACCCAUAUCGCCAAUUAAAUCCUUUGUGCCAAUUGCUCAAAAUCCUGCUCCGCAUCACGUAGAGGGCUCCAAUGUGCCACAAGUUGGCGAGGAUCGUCCAAACUGGCCGACUAUCUCGUGCGAGGCCAGUGUGAAAGCUACUCCACGGGUCCCAACAAUGGGCAAGAACAUAAAUAAUGUGACUGCAGAGAUAAAAAAGAAACAAUUACCGAAGGAAAAGGUUGAAAAAGCAGAAAUAUCAAGUCUUAACGGUAGCAGGAAAGUUCAAGACACUGCUAUUUCAAACGGCGCGAUUAGCCAAGAUCAUGUUAGAUCACUAUCAAAAUCCCUAUCCGUAUCAAAGCAUUCAUCUCGUUCCUCGUCAUCAAGUUCUUCAUCAAGUUCUUCAUCAAGUUCUUCAUCAAGUUCUUCAUCAAGCUCAUCGUCAAGCUCUUCAUCCGGGUCAUCCAGUUCGUCCUGCUCGACUUGCUCCAGUUCCGACUCUUCCACAUCAACUUCCAACUUGAAUUCGUCACGAUCUUCACGGGCACGGUCCCGGCAUUCCCAAUUGCCAAAGUCUACGUUGGCAAACAAGUCGGUUCCACUUCUGGAGGAGCCAAUUGCAGCAAAUGCGAAAAUAAAUUUGCAGUUGGGCCAACCAACCCGGCUAGACUCACUAUCGCCACCAAGCACGCACAAGCCGAUUUGUAUAACAUUCGGAGAGCAUUUGAAAAAUCUGACAACUGCGCAGAUUCGGCCCAUAUCGCCGAUGUCAAAGCAACCAUGUGAUGACUUUGAGUUCAACUUGCCAGCGCCCAUGUUGUCCGAGGAGUCGUCCAGUUCAUCUUCGUCGGAGAGCGACGACGAAUCCAACGUGAAUUGUCAGAUGACACCAAAUUUUCAUGCUGUUUUGCCAAUGAUACCGCCACCUAAACCAUUCGAGAAAACACUUCAAAGGUCUUCCCUCAGAGAGUCCAGCCCAAUUCAACCAUACUUGAAAGCUUGCAAACCUGAAGUUCCCCCAGCACCGGCUUCCAUAUCAUCAGAUGAAGCCGCACUUCGCUCCUGUGCUCCAAGAGCCUUUAAGCCUGAUUUAAACAAACCGAGUCAUGAAGCGAGGAACGUUAGUAUCAAUUCUCAGAAAGUGGUCUCGCAAGACCCAAGUAAAAUAACUCUGAAGAAAUGUGCCACUGAACUAUACAUUCCAAUGGAAACAAAUUCUGGGGCUCAAUUGCCAAUUCAGAAUCCCAUUGAAGUGCCCAAUUCGAAAGCUUCUUUACCGUUUCCUGUAAAUUUAAAUUACAACUCAGAGAAAGAAACACACGAUAAACCUCCUAAUGCUAAAAUGGUAGAACCAUUUAAAAAGCCCAGUAAUUCAAUGAUUUCUAUACCAGUCGUCGAUUUUCCGUCCCUUAUGAAUGCACCAAAAAAAAAUCUGUCCGAUGAACCGAAUAAUGAAAAUAUCAAUAUCCAGAUACGGGCUUUACUAGACCUGAAGCAAAAAUCAUUGGUGAGAAGUUCCAUUGUAAAGUUUAGUGUGCCUGGAGUUGAAACCAACCAAACAACACAACAUUCUGAUUCCCUAAUAGGAAUCGAGGAGCGCAUUAAAAUCCCUAAACAAAAAGUUUCGCUACCGAUGGAUGUGAAUUCAAUUGAAGAAGCAGCUGAUAAGAUAAGUAAUCCCAAAAUUGUUGAACCAGUAAGCAAGACAUUAAAAGGGAUGCAUAAGCACAAACCAUCGAGGAUUCCAAUAAAAAUCAGACCACCGAGGAAUAAAUAUAUUGAUUACCAGUGGCGGGCUCCAAUGCAGACCAAAAAAAAAUCUUUGAAAGACUGUUCUAGUGUAACUAGUAAUUCGGCAGAUAGUCCAAAUGACCAGGUGGAAAAACAUGAGACUCAACUGGAAGAACUGCCAAUCCAACAGACCACAUCUAAGGCUUACCUACCGAUGGCUCUGAAUUCAAUGAAUGGAUCAGUGGAUAAUGCAUGUAAUCCAAAGAUUACCGCAAAACCGGGCACAGGCGUGAAUCCUCGAAGUUCUACAGUUUGUGGACCGAACUUGAAACUAAAAAAUGAGCACAAAAAAUCUUGGGCCCCAAAUUACCAAGGACUAGAAUCACGGGAGCUAAAGGAGAAUUCAUUAAAUGGAGGUUUCAAUGCAAAAUGUAAUUUACCAGAUAUUCCUAUCAGCCGGAUGGCAAAACAUCCUAAGACUCAAUUUACAAUUGAAAAGCCAUUUAAAGAUUCCGGCUGCGAAGUUUCUCAACCGGUGGCUCUGAACUCUAUUCAGGAACCUGAUGUUAGGACAAGUUAUUCCAAACUAUUUGAACCUGUACACAAGACCGCAAAACUGAUAAACGAAUCACAAUCACAAUCAUGGUCUCCAAACGUAGUCAGUAAAACGAAGAAUAAGAAUGCAAAGGACCAGGACCACAAAGUUCUGUUGGAACCAACAAAAAAGCCUUUCAAAGAAGGUCCUACUGUAAAUUGUAAUUCGGCAGAUAAUCCAACCAAUCAGGUCGUAAAACAAAUCGAAAUGGAAUUGUCAAUCCAGAAGACAGCAUCAACUCUACCGAUGCUUGGAAGUUCAAUGAAAAAUACAGAACCUAAGCCAUAUAAGGCUGACAUUGUUGAAUCAGGAGUGCCUUCAGGAGCCUUGAAGCCCGGUAUUCUUGAAACUUAUUAUUCCAAUAAGCGUAAAUCGAAGGAUGCGAUGAAGUCAAAGCUCUUUACUUCUAAUAUUUCCGAAUCAAAAGAUAUAGCAAAUGUGAAAAGAUUUGAAUCAGAUAUAAAACCGCGUGACUGUAAAAUAUCUGUUCCAGUUAAACGAAAUUUAUCUAAUCCAGUUAUUUUUGAGCUAGAUAUGCAGCCUAGUACUUCUAAUGCUGCUAAGCUAUAUAUUAAUUCAAGUACUUCCAAAGCUGCUAAACCAAAAACUUCUGAACUAAACAUAAAAAAGCGCGGUAAAUCUAAUAUUUCUAAAUGUGAAGUAAAAUUUCCUCAUUAUCAAAUGUCGGCACAGCAAGGGCCCCGCAAAUCAAUUAGCGAACUAGAUUUGAAAUCCGAUGCGAAGUCCAAUAAUUUCAAAGUUGUUCAACCAGAUAUUAAGGCACGUGUUCCUAAAAUGUCAGAAGCAAGUGUCGAACUCGGCAGUCUGAAAAUAUCUGACCCAAAUAUAAAACCGGGUAGCUGUAAUAUAUCUGAUCCAGUUAAACGAAAUGCCUUACAGCCUAUUAUGUCUGAGCCAAAUAAUUUUGAGCUAGAUAUGCAGCCUAGUACUUCUAGAGCUGCUCAGCUAUAUUUAAAUUCAAGUUCUUCUAAAGCUGCCAAGCCAAAAACUUUUGAACCAAAUACUUUUGAGCUAGAUAUGCAGCCUAGUACUUCUAGCACUUCUGCUAAUCCAAAAACUUCUGAACUCAACAUAAAACCUCGUAAAUCAAAAGCUGCACAAAAGCGAUUAAAGCCGGGGACUCCGAAACCAUCGAACAGACAAGUGAAAUCAAAGGCCGCAAAACGUACAAAUGAUGCUGAAAAUAAAGACCCAAUGCAUCAAUUUAAAAUUCCCAAGCUUGGCCCAAAUAUACCUGAGGAAAAAUAUACGGCAGUAAAAGCUGAAGAAGCUAAAACCCGGAUAAAACCCAACUAUUCAGAACAGGUGAACGGAAUGCAACAUUUACCGGAGGUGUACCAGACGCCAAACUAUCAGAAUCUCCAAUACCCCUACUCGCCGAGGGGCUAUUACCCCUAUCAUAGGGUCUACCCAGCGCAGCCCUCAGGCCCUCAGUAUUAUAUGAACCAACCAAUAAGAAUGAAUCAGCCCAUGUACGAAGAGGUGGACCCGUCUUAUCAGAGGCCAUAUCUAAUGCAACGAUUUCAUCCAUAUCACAUUAACCAACCUAUGAGACCCAAUUACCCCUACCAAGGGGAGCCUUCUCCCAGAACCCAUUCGAUGGGUAUUCAUUAUCAGCCCCCCUAUGACACACUCUACCCGAUGAGAAGUAGUGAUUCGUACUAUCAAAGGGGCCGUUCGAACUAUUCCAUAAAUUAUGCUCAACAACCUGUCUAUUCUGUAAGAAACAUUCAACCAAGAAGUUCUGUAGGAAAUCAUCCACUGAAUAUGAUACCUUCCCGUCAAUCUGUCCAUUCCAUUGAUCAUGCUCAAAGGAUGAAUGAACAGAGCACAUUUAAAACGAUCCAAAGAAUUGAUUGUGCUAUUAGAAGCGCCUUCGCUGGUCGGAAAUACAGGACACUCAAGGACCUCAGGGAGCGAACAAAGCUAUCAAAAUAUUGUUUGCGUACGGCUUUUAAGCGAAUUUGCAAAAUCAAGCGUCCCAAGUGGCGUAUCAGCAAGUUUUAUAUGGAGGCCUAUGGGGCUGAAAUGUCGGGUCUCUCCCCAAGCUCCGAAAAUGAUAAACCGUUGGAACUAAACUCAACCUAUCGCACGGUGAUUAGUUCCUAUGCGGAAUGCAAGUUUCUACGCAUGGAGUCUUUAAUGCAGAGAACUGGGUUUGGGAAACACAAACUGAGGCGAAUUCUGAAGAUGAUCGGAAGAAAGCGAUCGACGAAAUGGCGUCUGCUCACUUAUAGGAAGCCGCUUAUUCACUUGCACCGAGGUCACAAGAAAUUUAUGUAGUUUUCCCUUACAUUUAGAAUCGCCUGUCUUAAUAAUGUUACGCAAAAAACUUAUAAAGAAUCUACACUUACACGUUGCACAAUUUAUAAAGAAUUAUAAUUAUAAUUGUUAUUAUAAAACAUUCUAAUAAAAACACCUA